AUCACUGCGAGCGAAUAAGAGGGGGAGCAGUAAAACAUGAGGCUCAUAUUCUUGCACUCUGAGAAGAAUCCUGCACAGAAAGGGGGGAGAUUCAGCAAAAGCCGCGGACCGCACAAGACUCGCCUCAACCAUCUAACGAUGAAUACCGCAACCCAGUGCAUCAUUCUCCUGGCCUGCGCCGCCGUCUGCACGUCCAGCACGCCGAUUCUGAACUGCCGCUGCGUUAAAACCAUCCGGGCCGUGUCCGCCAAACUCAUCGCGCGCUUGGAGACGCUCCCGCCUCGCCCGUACUGCAACAAGAAAGAACUCAUUGUCGUGCUGAAGGAUGGGUCCUCCAAGUGCCUCGACCCAGAAGGGAAGUUCGCCAAAGCCAUCGAGAAAUAUUAUCGGGACCAGGCAGAGAAGACCAGCACCGCCGGCCCCAAAUCCACCGCGACGCCGAGGGCCACAGCGAGGGCCACGGCGAGGGCCAAGGCGAGGGCCGCAUCAUCACAGUGAUCCAUCCGUUUGCACGCAUUCACACGCCUGAAGAUUUAAUCCCGGCUUCUCUUCUUCACUCACUUCAGUGUACGGGCUGCAAACUAUUACACACUGAAACGUUCUGUGAAAGCCCUGAUUGCGAUGUAUUCAAAUGUGCACGUAAUAAUGUGAAGGUUAGUAUAGUAGUUUGUUUUGUCACGAAGAUAUUUGUAUUUCUACACCACACUGUAUUUUGUAAUGGCUGACUAUAAUGUACAACAAUGACUCCACAAAUGUGAUGCAAAAAUGUAGAUCUA